AUGUACUAUUUCAUCUGCAUGCUGGCUGUCACCGACCUGGUGCUGUCUACAUCCACCCUGCCCAAAAUGCUGAGCAUCUUCUGGUUCAAUUUGAGGGAGAUUGAUUUCAGUGCCUGCCUCACCCAGAUGUACUUCAUUCAUUCGUUCUCAGUGAUGGAGUCUGGGAUCCUCGUGGCCAUGGGUUUUGACCGCUAUGUGGCCAUCUGUGAUCCCCUCAGACAUUCCACCCUCCUGGCAAACCCCAUGGUGGCCAAGAUCGGCCUGGCUGUGGUGCUGCGUGGUGGUAUGCUCAUACUGCCCUAUCUCAUCCUGACGAGGCAGUGGCCAUAUUGCAAAACUAACAUCAUCCCCGAUACAUACUGUGCACAUAUAGCUGUGGUGAAACUGGCCUGCGCUGAUACCCGCAUAAGUAGUUACUACGGCCUCUUUGUGCUAUUCUUUGUGAAUGCCUUUCUCAUCCCAAAUCUCUUCUCCUCUCUCACGUACCGUUUUGGCCACAAUGUGGCCCUGCAUUUCCGUGUUCUCAUUGGCAACAUGAACCUCCUGGUGCCCCCCACGCUAAACCCCAUCAUCUACGGUGUGAGGACCAAAGAGAUCCGGGACAGGCUGCUCCGGCUCUUUACUU